CUUUGAUGAGAGAGGAAUGUCAAUUAAGAUAGCUUCAAGUGCAACAGCAAUGUCUACACUUGGAGGGUUCAUUAUUGUAUUUGGCUUUUUUGCAUUUAACUUGCUGUCUCACGGUAGCCUUUCUGAAACGAAUGAUGGUAGUGUGCUUGGUCUUAUUGCUGUCAACUGCAUAUUGGCCUCUUCCGGUGCUAGUCUUACUGCUCUCAUGUAUAACCGAUACAGUGAUAAGCACACACACAAAUGGAGUCUUUUGUCUGCAAUCAAUGGCUCAUUAGUUGGAAUGGUUUCUAUUAGUGCUGGUGCCAGCACCGUUUAUCCAUACGGUGCCUUUCUUGUUGGUUUAGUAGCAGGUGUGGUGUACAGCUUGGCAGCAAAGUUGGUGGAACGUAACCGAGUGGAUGACCCAUUGAAUGCCAUUGCUGUACAUCUCGGUGGUGGUACGUGGGGAAUUGUGAGUGUUCCGUUUCUGGAUUCCGAUCAUGGGUUAUUCUACAAAGCAAACAUCUUGUCUAUGUGGCUUAUUGGUUGGAAUUUAUGUGGUUUGCUGGUGAUAAUAAUAUGGACAUUGAUAUGGGCUGCUCUUAUCUUUGGAAUUAUGUCGGCACUAAAUUGUCUUCGCGUUACAUCAGCUGUAGAAAGACAAGGUCUUGAUGUGGUCCAGCACGGAGAAAAAGCAUAUCCUUACGAAAUGACUGGAAGAUCACGGUCUGCCUCUAUGGCAACUGUGGGUGACAAUCGUGGCCAGACCGACGAUGUUCAACAACCCAUAGCUGAAAGCAACGACACUGCAUAUGCAACCGUUCAAGAAGAAGAUGACAGAAGUUUGAAAGAACCAGUCAGCAUGAGCCAAAUCUCAGAGGCAGACCCAGUAUCUGCUGUCUAGCCAUAGAUUUAGAGUCUGGUGUGUUAGUGAUCGGGUGCAUUCGUGGAAGCUGUCCAGUUUGAACUAGCAUGAUGUCAGUAGGGUACGUGAUAGAUAUUAGAAUCGUAACUGUAGCUAGGCUCUUUUUAUGAUAUUGUUCAACUGGUAAGAUAAAGUCUUGUGUAGAUUAGAAUACGUGCGUCGAUGACGCAAGAUUAAAUCAGGAUUACAUUG